AUUCAUUUCAUUUCAUGGCGUUCCCUCCAUCUUCAGAAUAAUAACCCGCCAAAGAUCGAAAUUGCGUAUCACUAUUGUUAGUUUGGGGAAUUGGAAUUGGGAAGAGAAAAAAUCAAAACAGAUGCCAUUAUUGAGCUCAAUGGAGUGCGAUUACCCAUUAAUCGACUCCAAUUUCCGCGGCUUUUGUGCUUCUCACGCCAUUUAUUCAGUUGAAGAUUUUCUUCUACAUGAUCUUUACGUGUUAGUGAUUUCAACUGAACAGCAUCAUAAUUCGGAGAGAUUGAAGGAGGGCAUCACUCAAGUUCUGACUAUCAUUAAUGGUCAGCAUCAACCAUGGGUAAAUGGUCAGGAGUUGUUGGAUUAUGCUUUACAGAAUAAAAGCUCCUUACCUACUGGAUGUAGAAGAAUAGAUGUGUUUCUUCAUGGUGGAUUAAAGAAGGGACAUCUGACUGAGCUAGUUGGCCCGUCAUCCUCUGGUAAAACACAAAUUUGCUUACGAGCUGCUUCAAGUGUUGCAAAAAGCUGGGGCAAAAUCAUUUUCUUGGACUCUGGAAAUUCUUUCUCUUCAAAACGUGUUGCUCAAUUUGUCACUCAGACAUCAGAUCCUUCUGCUUAUGAGGUGGACAGGGCCCUUCAACAAGUAAUGAACAACAUAGUAUGCUUGUCAGUGUUUGACAUUUUUACACUGUUUGAAGUGCUUCAUCAGCUAAAGAACAAUCUCAUAUCUCAGGUAGAUCAGCAUAUAAGUAUGAUUAUCAUCGACUCAAUAUCAUCACUCAUUACACCAAUUCUUGGAGGAGGUGGUGCACAAGGACACGCUUUAAUGGUUUCAGUGGGAGUUUUACUGAAACGAUUAGCACAUGAACAUGAUAUCUGCAUUUUGGUCACCAAUCACAUGGUGGCGGGUGAGAAAGGUACUUCUAAACCAGCACUUGGAGAGAGCUGGAGGGGCAUCCCGCAUGUUAGACUUCUGCUAUCCAGAGACCACAUUAGGAACAUGAGCAGCAUGUCAGUACUUAGACACCCACACAUGGCUACUGGAGAUAGAGUGGAGUUCGAGGUACUAUGACAUCAGGCUUCAUAAUUCCUGAGAAUUUUAUCAAGGUGAUGAAGUUGCAUUGUUGAGGGAAAUCUUAACUAGUAAGACUUUUAUUGGGGGAGAAAACAAAAGAUAUCCUGACCUUGUGAGAUGCAGAUUUACGGGUACAGCUCAGACAUACAAGACUUACAUGCUUUUACUUUCGUUUUUAUUAGGUUGUGGUUCGUCAUUCUGUAUUAUCUAUCAGAAAACUUUUGGACAAAGGUAAACUUAAUAUUGUUUUGGCAUUUUAACAAACUAUUACUACUAAACAUGGAGAUGAAAAUCAUUCUGUUAAUCAGAAUUGAGAACUUGUGCUUCGAAAACUUUCUCAGCUGGAACAAUAUAUAUUAAUCUU